GCAUGCAUGUCUAGAUGUCUGGAGAGAGAUCAUCGAAGACAUGGGGUAACGCUAUUUGUUGUGGAGUGCGGCGUCUCCAUCUGGAGUCAAUUCGAUAUGGAAGACUCUUUUGGCGACAUGGCCGUACUAAUGCUAGUACCCCAUACAAGCGUGUAAACCAUGCCAGUACACCCCUUACCCCAGUACCCCAAUUCCCAUGGCACACAGAUACAAAAGGGACUCGAAAUCCCUCCCAAAUACAACUUCUCUUCCCCAUCAGUCUCAUCAACAAAGUCUAUUCAUUACUUCUUCGGUCAAUCAUUGAUCUCGAGUGCCAGCUUCACUCACUCCACAUUCACUCUAUCCCUUCCCUCCCUUCCCUCACAUACAUUUCAAGUCAACCGCAACGAUGACUGGAACCACGGAUGUCGCCCGCAUUGAGGCACCCGUAACAGCAAAGGCAUACAUGAUGUGUGCUUUUGCUUCCUUCGGUGGUAUCCUCUUCGGUUAUGAUUCUGGAUAUAUUUCUGGUGUCAUGGGAAUGGACUAUUUCAUCAAUCUCUAUACUGGCAAGCCAAUUCCCGGUCCUAAUGCUUCAAAAGCCGAACUGGCUGCUUUCGUUCUUCCCGCCUCUGAUAAAUCUUUGAUCACGUCUAUUCUGUCCGCCGGUACCUUCUUUGGUGCUGUCCUUGCCGGUGAUCUCGCUGAUUGGAUUGGUCGCCGAACUACCGUCAUGGUCGGAUGUGCUAUCUUCAUCAUUGGUGUCAUCUUGCAAACUGCUUCUACUGGUCUUGGUCUUAUCGUCGCUGGUCGUUUGGUCGCUGGUUUCGGUGUUGGUUUCGUCUCCGCUACCAUCAUUCUUUACAUGUCUGAGAUUUGCCCCAAGAAAGUUCGUGGUGCUUUAGUUUCUGGUUACCAGUUCUGCGUUACCAUUGGUCUUCUUCUCGCAUCCUGUGUCACCUAUGGUACCCAAGACCGUCUCGAUACCGGUUCCUACAGAAUUCCAAUUGGUCUUCAAAUGGCCUGGGCUCUUAUCUUGGGCGGUGGUCUCUUCUUCCUUCCUGAAUCCCCAAGAUAUUUCGUCAAGAAAGGUAACCUUGACCAGGCCGCUGCCAUGCUUGCUCGUCUUAGAGGUGAACCAGUAGGAAGCGACUACAUUCAACAAGAACUUACUGAGAUCAUCGCCAAUCAUGAAUACGAAAUGUCCGUCAUUCCUCAAACCGGUUACUUUGGCUCAUGGAUGAACUGCUUCAAGGGAGGACUCAGCAACCCAGGUUCCAACCUCCGCAGAACCAUCCUCGGUACUUCCCUUCAAAUGAUGCAACAGUGGACCGGUGUCAACUUCAUCUUCUACUUUGGUACUACCUUCUUCCAAGCUCUCGGCACGAUCUCCAACCCUUUCCUCAUCGGUUUGAUCACCACUCUCGUCAACGUCUGCUCCACUCCAAUCUCUUUCUGGACCGUUGAACGUUUCGGUCGUCGUACCAUCCUCAUCUGGGGUGCCCUUGGUAUGUUAAUCUGCGAGUUCAUCGUUGCCAUCAUCGGUGUUACUGCUGGUCGCGAAUCUGAAAACAACACCUCUGCCGUUUCCGCCAUGAUCGCAUUCAUUUGUAUCUACAUCUCUUUCUUCGCCUCCACUUGGGGACCUGGAGCUUGGGUUAUCAUCGGUGAAGUUUUCCCUCUCCCAAUCAGAUCCCGUGGUGUUGGACUCUCCACCGCCUCCAACUGGCUCUGGAACUGUAUCAUUGCCGUUAUCACUCCUUACCUCGUCGGUACCGAAAAGGGCCAAGCAGACUUGGGUGCUAAGGUCUUCUUCCUCUGGGGUUCCCUCUGCACAUGUUGCUUCGUCUAUGCUUAUUUCCUUGUUCCCGAAACCAAGGGUCUUUCCCUUGAGCAAGUCGACCGCAUGUUGGAAGAGACUACCCCACGUAACUCCGCCAAAUGGGUUCCUCACUCCACCUUUGCCGCCGACAUGGGCAUGACUGAGAAGACUGGUGUCGAGCAUGUUCAACAUGCUGAGCAUAAUACAAAGCUCGAGGUUUAAGUGAGCAGAGGGCAAGAGAAAAAUAUGUAAUGAACAAUUCGACAGAGUCGAGUUGCAAUAAAGUGGCGGUUUUAUUUUACGGGUGAUACUAUCAUAGUAAUUCACGGUGUUUGGGGGACCUGGAUUGGUCGGGUCAAUCGGUCCCAAAAGGGUUUUUAGGAUAUCCUUACGAGUGGUCUUUUACGAGUUUAUGGCAUUGUAUAUACGCAUGCAUGAUACAAAUAAUAUGUUUUAUGAUUUUCCAAUGAAUACCUUCUCUCUUGA